AUGUAUUCAAUAAAUGCUAAAGCGGUUUUAAAUCUUGAUAAAAGAAAUAAUAAUGAAUCUAAAUCUGAUAUAUAUUUUGUUAUUUUACAAGAUAUUGAAUCAGCUGAACCAUUUGAGAAAACUGUUGUAUUCGAUUUUGAUCAUACAAUCAUCGAUGCUAAUUCAGAUAUACAUGUUAGUAAACUUUUUCCAUCCGAUGAAGAACGACUAGUAGCUGAAAAAAAUUGUUCACAAUUUCAAUGUUGGACUGAUCGUAUGCAAGAUAUAUUUCGUCAAUUACAUAAAUAUCAUAUUAAAGAAAAUGAUUAUAUAAAAAAUAUGCAAGAAAUACCAUUAACAGAUGGUUUUAAACAUUUAAUUGAAUAUUUAUAUUCAUUAUCAAAUAGUCAUUUAAUUAUUGUUAGUGAUUCAAAUCUUGUUUUUAUACAAACAAUUUUAAAACAUAAUCAUCUUCAUCAUAUUUUUAAAGAUAUAUUUACAAAUCCAGCUUAUUUUAAUAAAGAUGAUCAAUGUUUAAUAAUAGAACAAUAUGGUCAACAAACAUGUCCAACAUGUCCAUCAAAUAUGUGUAAAAAUGAAAUAAUUGAAAAAUAUUGUCGUACAAAAUUUUCUCAAUCAAUACCUAUUUUAUUUAUUGGUGAUGGACAUAAUGAUGUAUGUGCAGCAAAUAAUUUAAAAAAAGGUGAUCUUGUUUGUGCUCGAAGUGGUUAUCGAAUGGCAAAAGAAUUAAAACAACAAGAAAAAUUAAAUAUAAAAAAGCUUCAAGCUGAUUUUUUUGAAUGGAAUGAUGGAAAACAAAUUGAAGAUUAUAUUAAAGAUAAUUGGUUAAAUAAAUUUUAA